AACUCUUCUCAAGAACAAAAAGUCAAUAAAGAAAAUCUAAAGUGCAGCCAGAACCACGGAACUGUUCCUAGUGCAUUCUCUAUGAAUGAUUUUAAAAUUGAGCGACAGAUCGGCAAGGGUAAAUAUGGUCGCGUAUAUCUGGCGAUUUAUAAGGCAAAUGGGUAUAUCGUCGCACUGAAAAUUCUGUUAAAACAAGAGUUACAACAUGAGAAACUCUUGACGCAAUUGGAACGAGAGGUUGAAAUUCAAGGCAAUCUUGAUCAUCCUAAUAUCCUCAAACUUUAUGGCUACUUUCAAGAUGAUAACCAUAUUGUAAUGAUUUUGGAAUUUGCACAAUAUGGAACGUUGUAUGAUUUUCUCAAAAAAUCGCAGCGAAUUACUGAAGGACGAUCUGCACGGAAACAUAUUAUUCAUCGAGACAUUAAGCCAGAGAACUUGUUAGUUGGACGAAAUGGUGAGCUCAAACUAGCUGAUUUCGGAUGGGCAACAUAUGUACCAGGUUUAUCAGGUGCCCCACUUACAACUGUUUGUGGAACUUUGGAUUAUCUUGCACCAGAAAUGGUGCGGCGCCUUCCAUAUAAUGAAAAUGUUGACGUGUGGGCUCUUGGAAUCUUGUGUUAUGAGUUGUUGGUUGGUGUGCCACCGUUUGAAGCAAUAGGCUUUCACGAAACUUGUCGACGAAUUAUGUGUGACACCGUAAAUAUCCCUGAUCACGUGUCAAGUGAAGCUAGGAACUUUAUCUUAAUGGUGCUUCAAAAAAUUCCAUUCUGCCGUCCAUCCUUGGAAGAUAUUUUGAAUCAUCCCUGGAUUUAUAUGCAUAAUAGCAUGACAACACCAUCAUCUUCGAGUAAACCACGAGUUAGCAGUAAUAGGUUUACUUUUAAUAAUACGCUGUCUGAAGUUCGUUACAAUACUUUUUGA